CUUAAUUAUUACAAGAAUUGACUCAGGAAAACGCUCGCAUUCACAAUUUGUUUGGGUUGUCAAUAUUUGCUCGGGUCGGGGGGUUAUCCGCGAGUAUAUAACGGAGCACCUCUGAGUCUCGCCAGUUGUCGGUGUCGAUGUGGUAAUUGGACAUUGUCAAAAAAUCAUCAUGAAGGCUGUAGCGAUUCUUCUUCUGGCCGCCAUUGCUAUGGCUUCUGCGCAAGGUGUUAACGUAGUGGACAACAACCCCGGUCCUGGACAAGUCAAUGUUGUGGAACAACCGGGUGAUGCAGUCAAAACAGUUGGACAACCAAAUCAAGGUGUUGAUUCCGCCUUCUACCGACCGUCUACUGGUGGCGACAACAUUGUAAUCAGUAAUCCGGAUCCAGGCUUCUACCUGGGCGGUGCUAACACCGGUGACCCGACUCCUCCUUCGACGAUUAUCGAGAACCCGGAUCCAGGCUUUUACCUCCCGUCUAAUAAUGCGGUACAGACACCAUCCAUAGAUCCCGCUUUCGUGGUGGACCCAGCGUUCUACCGACCUUCUGUUUCACAAGAUAUAGAUCCCGCCUUCAGCCGUCCCACCGUCUAUGGGAAUUUGAGGCCCCAGAAAUACCCCAACCCAGCUGCCCGCACUGGACAAUAAAGCAACGGUUUCCAAGGAAUAUCUAUACAAUGCAUAGAUAAAUACUAUGGAGCGUGCAAAUGGCAAACAAGUAAUUAAAUUGAAUUUUGUACCAUGUUCUAUCUAAGUAACUGUAAUGUUUAGAAUCAAAUACAUGUUUAUUUUUUCUAACUGAAGAGUUACUUUUUUCAGUAGUACAAUUUUUGUGAUUGCAAUAUAAUUUUAAUGUAAUUAAAAUUCUGAACCCGUAAAAUUAAA